UAUUGGACGGAGAGAGUGAUAAAAAUUGGUAAGAUCCAUUUUCACUCACGGCGCCGGAUUCCGCCCAAUUGCUCGCCGUGAAAAUUGUAAAACCGAGAUGCAGAAAACAGCGCAGUCGUGGUUUGCUGGCGGCCCAAGCAGCGAUCUUGACAAAACGUCGUCGUCGCUACUCGCUGAUUGGAACGCCUAUGCCUCCGCUUCCGAGCCCGCCGCCGCCGAUUCCCAAUUCGAUCUCGAGGCCGCUGUGCGAGACAGAGUCACUUCCACUUUCAACGUGGUUACAAAAGGAGUGAGGGAGUUACCUGGGAGCUUCAACUCGGCUACUAGCAGCGUGCCUUCGGGGAAGUCUCUUGUCUAUUUCGGGUUCUUUCUCGCAGCUGGAUUCUUCUUCAUCUUCAUUGCUUUCACCAUAUUCCUUCCUGUGAUGGUGCUGAAGCCCCAGAAAUUUGCAAUCUGCUUCACCAUCGGGUGCGCCUUCAUUGUUGGUUCCUUCUUCGCCCUAAGAGGCCCAAAGAAUCAGCUUAGUCACAUGUUGUCAAAAGAGAGACUGCCUUUCACACUAGGAUUUCUUGGUAGCAUGGUUGGUACGAUUUAUGUAUCCAUGGUGCUCCACAGCUACAUCCUCUCCGUUUUCUUCUCGGUGUUACAGGUGCUGGCUCUCUUGUACUAUGUUGUUUCAUACUUCCCCGGAGGUUCAGCCGGAAUGAGAUUUCUUUCCUCAGCACUCACCUCCUCCGUUCUCCGAUGCUUCGGAAGAUGAUUCCCCUAACCUCAGAAUGCCAUCAGCGGCUUUGAGGUUUCAAUUUUGCGGUGGCGACACCUUCAUCCUCAAUAUGCACGAGAGCUUGCUGAAUUGAAGCACCCUCGCUCGACUGAGACGCUUGCUGUUAUGCUACCAUGUAAAUUUGAUGCUUAGAAAGCUUUAGCUACUUUUCAGGUAUGCUCGAAUAGUUGAAUGGCAAGUGUUUUUUUGCUUAGCAGUUAAACAGGUAGUAGAUUUAUUGAAAUCUGUUACAUACAAAACUAUACUAGUGGAAAUGGAAAUAGAAUUGGUCA